AUGCUUAGAAGACAAGCAACUGAUCAGGAGCGCCAAGCGAUUUGGGAGACGCUGCUUCGUCAUAGCAACAGAGGAGUACUCGCCUACGGAGAAAUUGCGCAAGCCGCGGAGGAGUUUGGCUUUCAUCGCUCUGCUGUUUCGCGAAUGUGGAAGCGAGGCAGUGCCGCAUUGGGGACAGGUGUGGCUGCUGACGUCAACUCACACAAGCAUGAGCGAGGGAGGAAGAAGGUGGACCGCGUCUCGAUCUGGCUGUUCGUCAGCAUUCAGUCUGUGCAGUCGCGCACAACAUCUCGCACAAUUCAAGACAUAAUCCAGGAGGUUGAGCAUGCGUGGGAAAUCAUGACUGCAGAAACGCUGAACAAGACAUUCUUGACGUUACAGCUGGUCAUGAAGGAGAUCAUGAAUUAUGAAGGCCGCAACGACUACAAAUGGCUCACUUUCACAACGAUAAGCUGA